CCGCACUGAUAAUAUUGACGACGUUGCAUGCUGAGUUUAAGAUGGCGGUUCAAUGGCACAGAUCCAACAGCUAUGAAAGUGCCUUGACCGAGGACUGCGCUCUUGCUACAGAGAAGCUAUGUCCAUCAGUGACCAGAGUAUGCCGUGUUACAAAACCCAGGAGCAAUGCCGUACGAAUUUCACCGGAACAAGAUGUUUGGAAAGCAUGUACGCGAGAAUUAUUCCUUGAAUUUGUUGAUCUCACCUACAAAGUAAAACUCGCAAGAAAUGGUACGUCGAUUAAAUUUUUACCUUCUUCAUUUUAACUCAAAAAGUAUACAUGCAUUUUACAGGUUGCUAUUGUUACUAUAAAUUUUAUAUAGAAGAAUGUAAGUGUUAUAUUAAACCAAAUAUUGCCACGAACAUGUUCGGUUAUGCUUGGUGAGAUUUCGACACGUUUUCUUUCAUCGCAUGUCGUCAUAACAUUAGCCAUCAUCUGAUAACAUCAAACUUUCUUAAAAAUUGUACUGCUGCCUUUCUCGUGAAAGUUUCAAAACUAGUCAAGCAAUUGAGUGUGCAUCCUAUAACAACCGUACCGACGACAUGUAAGUCAGUCUCAAGUACUGGGGAAAAUGUCUCAUGCAGAUAACAGCUAAGCCAUUGAGGCAUUAUUCACUAUUUUAUUUAAAAGCGACAUGCUAUCGGAAUGGCCGUGUGAAUAGUCAACAAGAAGUUCUGCCGAUAUAAAUAGAUUUAUCCAGUACGACUGAGAAAGGGUUUUGUACGAAUUUUGUACAUUUAAUAUUUUUUCCUCAUUCAAAGACACGGAACGUGUCUUUACGAAUCCACGUUACGUAUACUGUAAUUAGUUUAAUUUAUUUAGAAUAAAGCGGCUUAGAACCGAGCGCAUGUUUUGAAUCAGUGUGAUCAAAACUCAGAACUCACACGGCUACGCUACAGUAAUUACCAUUUUGCUGCUUUGGUCAGAAUUGAAAGGAAGUUGCAUUUAAUUAUUAGCCAAGUUGCCGCCAAUAUGAGUUCUAUUGUUUGACUAUAGGUAUACUUGACAUUACACAGUACUUUCAGCUAAUGCUCGUCAUGCAUGCAUAACCUCUGUAAUCUGUAACGAAGAAAUUCAGUGUUAUUUGAAUGCAAUGGACAGUAGCUAUUGAUAUUUGUAGGAAAAUGCAAUGCAGGGCAAUGUAUAGGAGAGUUGAAUUUAAUUGUAUUGGCCUAUAUAUCCUUAUGUUUCUGGCCGCAGAGUCGUGAUUGGAGCCAAUUAGGAUGUUUCUUUCUAUUUUUAAUUAUUUGAGUCUCCCUAUACAUUUCGAUGCGAGGCUAGAGCGACGUUGAAGCGGUGGGACAUAAUAUAUGUCGACGUUGGAGCGGUCGGGCAUAAUAUGUCGCUCCCAAUGUCAAAUUACGGAUUACAAUGAUAUAUAAAAUACAUGAAAAUAAAUUACAUAUAACAUAGAUUUAAAUAAUUGCUGCAUCAGGAUUGCACCUAGUCCAUUCUGUCAAAAUUAACUUAAUUAAACGUCGCACUUACUAGCGCAAACAUUGACAUCGUGUGGGGCUUAAAAUUAAUCCCGUAUACCUCUAGUUAUAGUUAUAUACACAUGUAAUGAUGGAAUUUGGCCAAAUGUCAACAUGUACUUGGAAGUUAUCCUUGAGAUUUUGCCUGCAGCAAAUGCUUGAGUCUUAAGUGGAUAUUCGAUCGUAGUUGAAUUGGCUGAGAUAAGCAGAAAUACAAAAGAAAAUUUCAAAGAGCAUAAAGUCAGAUGUAAUCAUAGUUUUGCUUCGGUUUAGCCUUUAUGCUUAGAGGUGUGAUGUUGGUGUUAUUGUGAUUUUUUGCCCGAUACACAUUUAUAACAUUGCGAAUUAUUUAGGAACUUCUUUUUACCCCGGCCAAUAAUAGCUGUUAUAGACUUUGACCGGUAAUCAAAGUGGUGUUUGGACAUUUAAUUCAACAGAAUUCUUAGUUAUAUUGCCUUUAUAUUUACAUGUUGCUAUGCCUAUUUCCAUUUUGGUCGGAGAAGAAGAAGAUAUACAUAGACGCGCUUAAAUUAUCGCACGAGCCGGCAGCAGUUUGUGCAUGUAUGCAUGCGAUUUAGCUGGAAAACCAUUAUAAUUAUACAUACGUAUAUGUUGUUCUUAGUGUCAAACUCAAAUCAGACUGAUAUGUGAAAGAAAUUCAUGUAUGAAUACAAAUAAAAUAAGAUCUUUGAGGUAUAUUCAUGACUCCAGUAUUGAAUUCUGGUAUUGUAUACGACAUUUUCACAUUGUAAAUUCAAACGAGUCAAAAUUACCCAAACAUUUGUCUCCGUGAACAACUCUUUUGAGAUCGUUUUAACUCUUACGAUACUGAUAGCAGGGUCAAAUUAAUUAAAUUGAUCACUUGAGAAGAUACAAUUUAGCAAUAAUAUUUAUAGUUCGCAGCCUAAUUAUACACUCCCAACCUACCGCUUAACUGAAAAUCAGUUUUCUGCAUCCAUACCAUAAUUAUAAUUAUAUAACCAAUUAUAUUACUAUGCAGGGUGUAUAAAAAUAGUUCUCGAUUCAAACGUGAAUUCGUAAGGAACAAGCUUUAAAAAAUAUUUUAUAAGGAAUGGUAUAUUCCGAAAAUUGUUAACCAUGAAUGAUGCACCCCUUGGGCUUGGAAUAAAUUUUGUGAAAUGGUAUAUAAUUAUAAGGAUUUAAUCGACGGAUAGAUGGGCUCGUUUAAUUACUCGAUCUUUGCCAGAGUAUUUGUUAGAACUUAUGGCACAAACGACUUUUGAAAACUGUUCCCUAUGCAAAACGUGACCGAAAUAUUUUGACUUAAACGAAUCGUGGAAACAAAAAUGGAACGAUUCAUUACCUUCAGGCUGUUGAUGUACCAGUUAUGUUAGACGCCGGGGAGUCGUAUAAGGAAAAACUUUCUCUUUUCUGGAAACGAUUAUCAGGAGAGGACUGCAUGGACAUUGUUCUUCCUGUUAGAUCGAAGAGCUAGGGUUUGGGUGAGUGACCCCCAUCUAUACCUUAAUUAAAGCAACUUAUGAACAACAGCAGAGGUCCCUAUCUCGUGACAACCUCGAAUAAUUCAGACAGCUACGAAAUCAGUCGAGUGAAUCGUAAAGGGAAAACCUGCCGUGCUAUAUACUAGUACUAUACCAGGGGCAGGGAAGAGGAAAACACUUGAAGGAAAGCAAACCAUCAGCCUGGUGGAAAGAAGUGAAAAAACGUAGCAGUUUGUCUCCUGGCUUUGUUUCUCGUGACAGUAUCUCUAAGCCAUUACAAUAGCUAUAUGGGACACCCGAUGAAACUAGCCUAGCAAGCAUUAAAUUAACGAGGCCUUUCUUUCGCCAAUUCUUAUUAUCUCUCCUCUACCGGCUGAUUAGGAUUUCACCGAAGACUUGUUCGGUUGUUUAAAUACUUUAUUGGGUAAAUAUUAUAAUUAUUUAGAAAAGACGUACUAAUACUAUGCAUGCGAAGAACAAAUAUUACCCAAAUGGAAGAGUUGCGAACGGAACGUAAAUAAUUUGCGCUAUCCAUGCAAGGCACCUUUCCAACAGAAUACAUGUAAAUAUAGUUUACUAUGUAAAUACUAAUAACAAGUUUAUACAACAAGACAAUUAACUCCUAUGACAGGAACAGUCACGUGACAUAGACCAAGUACAUAACAAGUUUACAUCGAAUACGGUCGAUACUAACAUAGAAUAAUAAUUAAAGAGGUAGUAUUUAAAUGUUUUGACACUAGAAAAUGUAUUUGGUGGAGCUACUUUACAAACACUGUUCCAUAAUUUCACGAUCCGGUUGAAAUAUGAGUUCUGAUAUGUUGUGGUUUUACACAAUGGAGUCUUGAGCAACAGGUUGGGAUUACGACAUAGACGGGAGUGGUUAUGGGUUACAAACGAGACAUAGUCAUGAACAUUGAGAUCGGAAAUACCAUAAAGAGCCUUGUAGAAGAACAUUAGAUCUUUUAUCUCUCUAUCAUAACACAAAGGUAGUAAGUUCAGAUCAACGAGACGCUCGUUGUAGCUGGAAUCACCCUUUCUAGCUUUCAAUAUCCAUCUAGUGGCUCGUCUCUGCACACGCUCUAUCUUUGUCUUCUGUGAGCAGAUGAUGUAUGGGGACCAAACUUCACAGGCAUAACAUAGACUGGAUUUUACCAACGAAAGGUACAAAGUACGUCGGACGCUGACGUCAGUCAGGAAAGGGCAUGUUCUCUUCAAUAGACCGAGCAGCUUGUUGGCUUUAGCUGUGAUCUCAUGGAUAUGAGAAUCCCAUGAAAGCUUUCCAGUCAUUGUCACCCCAAGAUCUUUCUCUUUUUCAACAUGAGUAAGAGUGGUUGAGCCCAGUCGGUAUGUGAAGUCCACAGGUUGUUUCUUUCGCGACACAGUCAACACUUUACAUUUUAACUCGUUGAACCUCAUGUUGUUGGUAUUGCUCCAGGUGGCUAGGUUUGUCAGGGUUUGUUGUAAUAGGCGAGCAUCAUCUUCGCAAGUAAUUUUCCUGAAUGUUUUUGUGUCGUCAGCGUACAAAGCAGUUUCUGAUAUAUCGGGAAUGAUGUCGGGUAAAUCUUUGAUGAAUAAUACAAACAACAUUGGACCAAGUAUGCUACUUUGUGGUACACCAGAUGUUACUGAGGACCAACCUGAAGCAACACCAUCAACGACAACUCUUUGGGUCCGACCAGUUAAGUAGUCGACAGAGUCAAAAGCUUUGGCAAAAUCCAAGUAGACAAUGUCUGUUUGAAUAUUACUGUCAAGGUUUUCUCCAAUCUUAUGUAAAACUUGCAGCAGUUGUAUAGUGCAUGAUCGAUUGCGUAGGAAACCGUGUUGUCCUAAGGAGAUAGCGCUAAUUACGUGUUCGUAUAGUCGCCUACAUAUACGCAACGUUUCAAUAGUUUUGCGAUGAUAGGCAAAGCUAGGGAUAUCGGUCGGUAGUUCUCCGCUGGUUCUUUCAGAUGUUUCUUGUGAACUGGUGUCACGUUCGCUGAUUUCCACUCUACCGGAAGUCGUCCAACACGCAAGGAUACGUUAAAUAAUUCACAGAUACUAGGCGCAAUGUGCCGACCACAUUCUUUUAGUAGACGGGCUGGUAUCUUGUCAGGGCCACUCGCUUUGGUGAUGUCUAAAUUUCUGAGGUAAUUUUCGACUUCAGCCACAUCAACUGUUUAUUCACCCAAUCCCGACUCAGUUUCAGACGCCUCACCAUCACAAUCCCCGAUGUCAGUACUGGAUGUUGUAAAUACUGAGGAGAAGUAAGAAUUCAGAAGCUCGGCUUUUUCUGCAGAAGACUUUGCUGUAAUACCGUUGAAGACAAUGUCAGAAGUCUGUUUUGAUCUGCUAUGCAAAAUUGCUUUGUGGUAAGUCCAGAAAAGUUUUGGAUUAGUUGCAAAUGAUGUUUCGAUUUUCCUUAGAUAUUCCCUAUGCUUCUUUUUAACUAGCGACUUGACGGCGUCACUUAAGCCUCUUAGCUUUUGUUUUCUCGUUUCACACUUGUUUUGGCGGUAUCUUUUUAAUGCUGAGUAUUUCUUUCGAAUGAGAUGACGAACUUCUUUAUCUACCCAAGGAAGAGAGUUGGUAUCCUUUAUUGUUUUAGUUGGGAUGUGGUUAUUUACUGCGUCAAGGAACGACUUUUUCCAGCAAGACCAAAGUUUAUCGAUAUCGUUCGAUAAACUUUGACUGGUGACCGAUCGGUGACCCAGUCCAUGCUGUAUACAAAGAAAAAAACGAUACAAAUAAACAUUUGCGUCCAAAAUCCCUCACCCUCAUCUUAUCGAAGGUAUAUAGCAGAAGAGUUUGUCAUUGAUAUAGUUACGUGAAUGCAGCAGUCAUGCCCAAGUCAUGCCCAAGUCAUGCCCAGCAAUAUGGAACCGUUCAUCCACUACGCAUGCGCUUAUUAGCAUAAUCCACUCGUUUGCAAAAUCCACUGACGGGAAUGGUGCUACACUACUAGAGUGGUCCUUUUCGACUUCAAAAAAAGCAUCUGAUCUAAUUGAUCACCGUGUUCUUGCAGAAAAACAAUCUAUUAAUAACAUCCCAAGGGCAAUUGUUUGCUGAAUCUUAGAUUUUCUGAUGUGUCGAAAGCAAAGAGUAAAGUUAAUCAGUCACUACUAGUUUAUCGGAAUGGAGAGCAGUCCCGGCAGGUGUACCGUGGUCACUUGAUAUUACGAUAAAUGACUUGAAUGUGAUCUCCUUCUCUUUUAUAUCACUUGCAUUCGCACUGUAACAGUAUAAUCAUCAAUUGUCUUUGCCAGUGUAGGUAGUGCCAAUAAAAUGAAUAAACUUCCGUUGGUAUAGGGGUGCAUGAACUACCUGAAAAUAUAUAAGCUAAAUAUUCCACAGCACAUUAUCACAAUAAGUUGGCAGAAGCGUGCACUGCGUAUUAUAUAUAGAUCCGGAACUAUCUUACAACCAGGCUCUACGAGUUCUGAACAUUACAACUCUAUCUAGUAGAAGACCAGAAUUCAGUUAAAUAAUAAAUUGUUUCAGGAAAUCAUCGAAGACAAUUUACAUAAACUGCGCAAACUUCUACCUCCUCGGAACACUAAUACCGUAUGCUUACGUAACAUGCGUAUAUGUUCUAGGCACCAAAAUGUAAAACAAAUAGGUUUAAGGUAGAACAUAAGUUUAGUUUUUGGUGUAUGUAGGCCUAUAUAGCUAUGUAUUUUAUAUUUGUAAAGGUUUUUAUAAUUUAGCCGAUUUGGUGCUGUAAGUUAUAACUUCAAUAAACCAUGUCAUCUAUCUAUAUCAAUUAAACAACUUUAAAAACUACUCGGGGACAUAGUACCUGAUUCAUGUAAUUUUAUAUAAUAUAUUAUGAUACUUAAAUUAAUGUAAUUAUAUAAUUCAACUCACUUUCAAACAGGAUUUUUCAAGAGGUUUACUUUAUUUUUAACAACGUUUCGGACAGUUUUACUGUCCGUCUUCAGGUUAUUACAACUUUGUAAAUGUUGACCACAAUGGGUCAACAUUUACAAAGUUGUAAUAACCUGAAGACGGACAGUAAAACUGUCCGAAACGUUGUUAAAAAUAAAGUAAACCUCUUGAAAACUCCUGUUUGAAAGUGAGUUGAAUUAUAUAAUUAAUGAUGACCAGAGGUGAAAGUUUUAGAAGAAUAAUUAAAUUAAUGUAUAUUUAUUUUAUAGCUUACAAGCAAAUUCUACAUGGUGUUUCAGGCCAGUUUUACACGGGAGAGUUUAUUGGGAUUCUUGGUCCUUCAGGUAUCGCAUAUAAUAUCAUUUAGCACUAAAAUUCAAAUAUUAAGAAUGGCAAGAAUUUUCCCCCAGCUUCUCGUUCGUCGCACACAUGCACAUCAGCAAAUGAAUAAAGUAAUGUCAAACUUUUUAAUAAAGUUGGAAAACCGAGCAACGUACAAUUGCAUUUAAGAAAUAGAAAAUAUUUUCCGUGUUUCUACAUAUACAGUUAUAUAGCUAUAGCAACAUGCCUGGGAGUUUGGGAGAACAAGAAAUAAUCAGCGGGAAAACGAGCCCGAAGGGUGGAUUUUUCCACGCAAAUUCGAAGAAUAACCCAAGAACAGUUUUAAAUUAAUUAACAGCUCUGUUUUUUUAUAUCAAAAACUUUUUUGAAAAUAAUUUUGAAACAAAUGAUAGCGAUAUCACAUUUAUUAAACGACGUUUCGUUGCUACAGCGGCAUCAUUUUCAAGUUAUCGAUUCAUUUACAAAUUCUCACACGGUCACACCUCAGCAUGAAGUUAGCUCGAUCGGUUGCCCUGCAGUCGCUCGUCAAUUUCAUAUAGCUACAUAGUCAAGUUCUUUCGUUUAAACAGAAAAUUGCCAGACGAUUGUAAUAAUUGAUAAUAUCACAUUUUUUCAAGUACAGCGCAUGCUAAAAUUGUUUUUUGUUUACUCCUUACAAUUUUAGCAACACGCUUCUCAAUCUCGUACCCAGAGCAAUGCUUGUGCGCGAGCUAGGAUGGUAUUGGCUCUGGGGAAAUUGAAUUUUUCCUGUGCUGUGAGUGGUUUAACGUUUAUCAAUCGUGCAUGCCGAUAAAGAACAAUUUCCCCAGAGUCAAUGCCUUCCUAGCCGGCGCACAGGCAUUAAUUGCUCUGGGUACGCGAUUGCACGCUUCUCGACCAAGCAACGCUUAUAAUUGCGCAUACUAUAAAUGUUAUAUUUUAUUAUAAUAUAUACAGGAUGUAAUUAUACCGAUCUUGUGCGUUUAACAUUGAGUGAAGAGAUUUAAUUUUUCAGAUUAGGGAUUUAGAGUUUAAAUGGUACUUUUUAUCAUUUCAAGAAAAACGACCUAAUAUGUUAGCCUGCCGGUCAAAGUCUGCACAUUUCCACCUUAAUUGGUGCAUUCAGUUUAUUAAAGCAGUCUUAACAAAUUAGAAAAAGAAAUUAAUAAUCACUAACGUGUAAUUUAUCCCAUAUGUAAGGCCUUUUAAAUUAAAAUUCAUGAAUUUGAGAUCCAUAAAGCUAUAAGAUUCGCAUUAAAUAUUUAUUAAUAUUAACUAGUUUUAAUUGUUUCUUCAUUAGGUGCUGGGAAAACAACACUGGUUAAUAUUCUUGCUGGAUACAAGUAUGUGAGAUCUCUGCUUACUAUGUGUAAUUAUUGAAUUUAUUUCCAACUGAAACGAUAGCGACAUUGCAGUCAUUGCACGCUACGUUUUGGCUUCAAAAAUGCAAGGUAAUCCGCUUCCGCCGAUCGAGAUCGUGAUAAAAUUUGGUCAUUAUAUUCUUCAAUAUUUAGUUUCUUCUACCCUUAUGAAGACCAACUUCAAUAUUUAGUUUCUUCUACCCUUAAAAGACCAUUGCAUGUCGUUUUCAAUUUAAAUUCUGGUGCAUCUAGUGCAUGUCAUCUUUUGUUAUGUCCACUUCAUUCAUUAAUUGAUUUGAAAUUGUUGUUUAAUGUUAAAUAUGCAAGUCAAUACAUAAUAAAUAUUGACAUAUUAACAGUUUGAGGUUGAACGCAUGUUUUUAAUAAGCCCGUGUGCAAUGUGACAGCUAGUGAUGAUGAUGUGUACUACCAUAAUUAAUAUAGAAUAGAUGGUUUGGAAACUCAUUAGAAUAACAAUCACGUAACUCAUUAUCUAUAUGUUAAUCAACGUUUAUUCAUAAAUAUGUUCCUUCACCAUCACGUGUGUAUUGUAUUUUUGCCAAAUCCAUCAAUAGCAAUUUCCAAUUUACCCUAUUGUUCGAGUCACGGAUAGGUAAUUUUCCUAAAAUAUUGCUAUUGGUUACCUGAGCAAAAUAUACAAUACGCAUGUGACGGUGAAGGACCAGAUUUAUGAAUAAACGUUGCCUAACACAGAUAAUAAGUUACUGUAUGUUGUUAUUCUGAUAAAUUUCGUAACCUCUAUUCCAUUAAUUAUGGUAUUACAUGAUACAAGACACGAAGAUACGAAAGGCUUUCCGCUCGAAACGUGGAAGUCUUUCUUGUGUAUUUUUCAUUUAGUUGAAUCCAUAUCCAUCUCCAUUUCUAUGCUGUUUUUGUUAUACUUUACCUACACUGUGGCAAAGACCGUUCGAGUCAUGUAUAUGAAGCAUUUAUAUAGGAUACAGAAUUCAAAAUUAAAAUAUCUGAUUUGGAUUUUCUUUACUGCAUGGACAACCCCAAAAAAGUAAACGUUCGGAAUGAGCAAGACAACGAAAUUUCAAUGCAUCUUACACUCUACUGCAGAAUUCCUUUAUAUAACAUUCUAGCUAUAUCAUUAAUUGAAUCUUCUUCUGUUCUUGACCAUUUUGUGGCAAAGCAAUCUUUUAAACCUCAAAAUCUAACAAAAUUUAUCUGAACUUUAUUUUACAAACCUCAAGUACACUGCACACCAUACCCCAGAUGUUUAAAUUAUUUAAUCUGUUUUAUAAUGCGUUAGGGCUAUGUUAUUUAACGGUAUUUUGUAGUGUAUCAUAUAUAAUUUGAUUUACAGGAGUAAUGAUGCCGGUGGCUCGGUACUUAUUAAUGGACGUCCACGUGACUCAGAUGAAUUUCGCAAGUUGUCUUGUUUUAUUAUGCAAGACGAUAUUUUAUUGCCAUAUUUGACCGUUUUGGAGUCGAUGAUGGUAAGUGUCAAUAUAUACUGUAUAUAACCCAUUUUAGCUUAUUUUCAUAAAAUGCACUAUUCUUGCUAUCUUUGCAUACAACUCAUGUUUUCAAUGGCGAAGGUGUUGGCUCAAAAUGUCAGAAAACUACUUUUGUUCUUCUUUUUUUUUCAAGUAAGCGCGAUAACUUGCCCGAGGGUUUUAAAUAUAACUGGGUAACUUUUUAGAGAACGACUUGAGCUCUAAAAGCUGAGUAUUGGUGGGCGAGGUGGGCGUACGUGUCACGCAAGUUUGUUUUUUUCUCCAGACGAAACAAAGGGAAAUUACCGCACUCUUAUAGCCCUUACUUCCAUGAUAUAGAGAUUUUAAAGUUGACUUUCGCUACCAUUAAGGGACCUUUAACCAAUCAGAUGCGUUUGAUAUAUGCGUUUAACCAAUCAGAUGGGAGUCAAGUCUGAAACUUCUAUAAUGCUGCCUUUGAGUUAUUUUGGAUUUUGCUUCUAAAUUUCUUUAAUAAACCAUUUAUUUGUUUUGAACUGUAGAAUUAAAGAAUGAGCUAUAGGCACUAUAUAUAUAUAUUCAGCGGUUUACUAUAUGGCCAGCACGCCAAGUAAUAGGUGAUAUUUAAUUGUGCUUGAAAAAUGUUUUCAAUAAGAACAAUGCAGAUCUAGAGAACCGAUACGGUUGUAGUGGAUCUUCGUACAAAAAACGUUAGUAGUAUACUUUAAAACAUUGACCGGAUUGGCUUAAAUUUUUGGUGGCCUCUCAUGUAUGGCAAUAUUUUGAUAUUUAGGUCUCAGCUUCUCUCCACCUGAAGAAAGAACUAAGGCAUGAAGAAAAGGAGGCAAUUGUAAGUACAGAUUGUGAGUACAGUGGUCACACACUGCCGUGCUAAAGAGAGUCGUGCUAACAUAAUUAAAGCUAGAACCAUAGUCUAUCAGUUCAGCGAUGGUUUGGAAGCCAGGCCGAAACUUCAAAGUUACAAAAUAGAAGACCUUUGUUUGAUGAUGAGCGGUACCUUACCGUGCACAAAUCCUUCGUCUCAAUUUCAUUAAAUAUUCGUCUCAUUGUGCAUAGUUACACGUUUCAUCUUGGCUAUCCUUAUUGGACGAUUACGUAACAAAUUUUAUUAUACAAAUACACAAUGGGCACAAUCAUCUUAACUGUGCACAAAUUAACAUGAACUCAGAAACAUAACACAAUGACUUCCGUUUCCAGAUCAUCAUACUGUAUCUUGGUAGACAAUGCUAGAACCCAUUUGGCAUUUGUGUUUGUGCAACUUGCGUCGCAACAAGUUUUGGUUCCUGAAACUUAGCCUGUAGUCUAGCAUAUUACAAAUGCAACGUCAAUAUUGUCUCCCAUCGCUAAAAACAUCAACGGCAACAUACACAAAGAAAUUACAGUAAAGGUUUUGCACAGACAGACUGCAACGAUCGCCUUUACAGAUCUCAAGUUAAAAUUGCAUUUCCCUGAUGCCUCAUUUUUAAUUUUCUCAGAAAACUUGCCGUCCCACAGAUAACACACACUUCGAAUAUAAUAUGCAUCAUUAUGCAUUAUAAGUUAUUGAUUUGUAUUAAAAACUCUCCUUAAACUAGUCGUUUAAUUAAUUAUCUGUUAAAUAUAUUUGUUAAUCGUUCAUUUGUCCACAUCAUAUUUUCCGUUCGCCGAGAAAUAUUUCAUUUGCCGACAACUCUCUGGCUGCUGUAUAGUAUUGUCGAUAAAUAUAAAAGCUUGAAGUAAAAAUUUCAAUGAAUAUAUGAACUAAUAUGCAUGCAAUCUUUGGUCUAACUUCAGGGAUGAUCUGGAAGGAUGGAAGGGGGUUACUCAUCAAGCUCCGGUCAUGGUUCAUGUGAUACGACAGUUGAGCAUGCAAGCACGUAGGGGGAGCGAACCCCCUGAAGCCUCCGGUAAUCCAUCCCUGGAAGUUUCGUACAACCAUUGUACAAAAAUGUUUACAAAAUUAGUAUAUUUUCUAUAAAUUUGAAAGAAAGAAUUUGCUGAAUUUGAAUAGCAUCGAAUAGAAGAGCCUCAUGACUGUUUGAAUUUGCAACAAACCUAUUGGACUAAUACCGUCAGGAUUCUAGUCACCAGCCAGUGGCAGAAUUUCGAGGACGUCUGUCAACUAUUGCAUCAUAUAACGAAGGAAAUUGGAAAUCAGUUAGCCCGCAUCUGAAACUAUUAAGGCUCGCCACACUCAUCAUAUUAAGGCUCGCCAUGCAGACGGCUACUUUAGAUAGUGCGCAUUCAUUGGAGAAAGAUAAUGUACUUGUCGUGUAAACGUUUUCUCCAUUUAACUGUGAUCCUUUUUAAGCAUUACCAAUCAAUAUUUAGGUGAACAGCAUUCUAAAUCAACUGGGUUUACUUGAGCUGUGUAAUACACGAUGCAAUGAUAUUUCGGGGGGACAACGCAAGAGGCUGGCCAUUGCAUUAGAACUGGUGAAUAACCCGCCGAUUAUUUUUCUGGAUGAACCAACCAGGUAUGAUUUUUUGCCAAUGUAUAAAGCUGUAAAUGUAUUUCUCAAGCAUUGUUUCAAAAUAGCCAAUCGCUGACUGACCGCAGGCUUGCCUCAAGUGAUGGUCGUCAUUUAAUUAUUUGUACAAAAUGGCAAAAGUAAAAGAUUGGUAAUUUUGAAUAUAGAAUUAUCAAUUUCCCAAAUAUUUCAGGUCAAAUCUGAUAUACGGUUCUGUAGUCUGUGUGUACAGUACAUUACAUAUGAAGGAAUUACUCCACGAUCCCUCUAGUGUGGCGAAUAUGUGCAUGGAUGUUUCCGAAGAUCGUUAAAAGCACCAAAUUGUGCACAGUAGCAUCUUUUUAUGAGUAGAACAACAUGCAAAAGUGGCGCCAUCGUGAAACUGUUUUUUUUAGAGAGUUACGAUGCUAUUAGCAUUAUUUGCUAUUAAAUUCUACUACAACAAAAAAUGUGAAAUUUUGAAUUCAAUCGCGACAAAUAUAACUUGCAUCAUCAGAAAGCUUGUAAAAAACUACAUAAAAGACUUUUAAACAGUUUUUUGAUUCUUCAAAUGGUUAUUGCUGUAAAUUAGGCACAUUAUCUCGCUAAAAGUCCCUAAUUAAUUAUUCGAUGUUUGAAAAUGCGUUUUUAACAGUUUAUAAUUCGAAAACUAUUUCAGAAUUCAAAAAACUGUCUAAAUGUCUUAUAUGCAGUUUUUUGUAAGCUUUCUGAUUAUGCAAGUAAUAUUUGUUGUAAUUGAAUACAAAAUUUCACAUGUUUUGGCUAUAAUAGAAUUCAAUAGAAGAAAAUCACCAAUCACCCGUUUUCAGGAGUUAACAGCAAAAUAGCGAUGGCCACACUUCAAAUAUCUAUUAAGCAAAUAAAACUACAUCAAUUGUAAAAGUUUGAUGCUUUUAACCUCAACGGGAACUACUGAUCAAUAAUUUUACACAUAUCCGCCUCACUACUCUAUCAGACAUUAUUUCAAGGGAGAGCUGUUAUCCAGAUCAGAGCUAUCGAAUUUAUUCAGAGCUAUUGAAGUUGAGAUUUUCAUUGUUAUAAUUAAACUCUUCCGACGUCAGACGUAGGCCUAUGUCAAAGUCUACGACGACCGGCGACUUCUGUUUUUCUGUUCAUUCUGUAUUGUUAUCUUUCAGGAUUUUCGCGGGGCUAAAUCACUAUACCUUACAUUUAUUGUAGUGGUUUAGACAGUGCAUCAGCUUAUCAGUGCAUGAACCUGCUCAAAACCCUAGCUUCCAAUGGUCGUAUUGUUGUCUGCACAAUUCAUCAACCAAGUGCCAAGUUAUUUGAAAGAUUUGAUAAAGUAAGUAUUUUUAUAUUCAUUUUAAUAUUUUACAACAAAUGAUUUUAAUGUAAAUGUGCAAGUAGUAAAGGCUAUUUUACAUGCAAAAAACAUUAGUGUUAAAUAGAAAGAGGAUUUGCUGCAUGCACGUACACGCUGAAGCUAGAACAUGUGAUAUGGCCAUAAUUGCCGGUACGGAAAUCAAGAGUUGUAAAGAAAGGCAUAUUAUAACCACAUUGCGUAGAAUUCGCGAUCAUAUUUAGAGAAUGUUCCAACUAUAACUAAAAAUCUUGAAAAAGUCUUAUGAUCAGUUAUGAAGAGUACAACCCGAAAAUGAGAAAUGUAAACAUACAUCAACCCCAAAUCAUGUUAAAAAGCGAUUGGAUCCUGUGGUUUUUAGGUUACAUAAGUUAAUAACUCAAUAAUAAGUAUAGCUAGUUCGUGGAUGUGCAUUUUACUCAUUUCUGUUAAUUCUAGCUGUCGUUAAUUUGUCUUAUUUUUAGCUCUAUUUGUUGGCUGAAGGUAACUGUUUAUAUCAAGGAACAGUUGAUGCCCUAUUGCCAUAUAUGAAGGAACAAGGUUUUCAUUGUCCAAACUAUCAUAAUCCAGCUGAUUACGGUAAAAUGCUAUUUUUUAUACAUUUCACAAUUUUAUAUACACUCCUCAGAGCAAUUACAAUUAUUGUAUAUAGUAUAAUAUCAUAAUUACUAAAAAAUUGAAUUUGAUGAAUUAAAAUUGAAAUGUAGUGCGGAUUUAAAAACUUUUCACUAAACCAUAGGUCUCCCGAAAAGGUCUUUUAUUUUUCAAAAAAGUCCAUACAAUUUGCUUUAAAAUACAAUGCUUUGACAUGCAAUGCUUCAAUGAACAGUAAAACCUCUAUAAUUUGCAUUACAUGAAGUACGUGUAACAUCACAAUAGCGUUGCGUCAUUAUGUAAUAUAUAUCCUCAAGGUUGGCAACUAAAUACAAAUUUAAAACUGUAUACACAAACUUAAUGACGAAAAAACUCGUACAUAAACAUUGAAAUUCAUUAAAAAAACUAACUCACUAUGGUAAAAAAUAACUGUAAUAUACUUCUACAUUGUGUUUUUUUGUUCUCUCAUCACUUUAAAACUAGUUAAUUUUGCGAAAAUUCCGAGGAAAAUGGCUCAAUUUGGUCAAAACUAUGCGGGAUGACUCCUCCCGGCGUUACGUCAUAAAAUAAAGUUCUCUGAUUUGCUGAAAAUGUUUAAAAUUUCAAAAAAACUCUCCGAUUGGCUGGCCGAAAUUUCCCAGCGAAUCAGAGAGCUUUAUUUUGUGACGUAACGCCGGGAGCCAUCAUCCCGCAUAGUUUUAAUUAAAUUGAAUUACGAAUUUGAUGAGCUUUCCUCGGAAUUUUCGAAAAAUUAACUCGUUUUAAAGUGAUGAGAGAACAAAAAAACACAAUGUAGAAGUAUUACAGUUAUUUCUUACCACAGUGAGUUAGUUUUUUUUAAUGAAUUUCGAUGUUUAUGUACGAGUUUUUUCGUCAUUAAGUUUGUGUAUACAUUUUAAAAUUUGUAUUUAGUUGCCAACCUUGGGGAUAUAUAUUACAUGUCUUACAUAAUGACGCAACGCUAUUGUGAUGUUACACGUACUUCAUGUAAUACAAAUUAUAGAGGUUUUACUGUACAUUGAAGCAUUGCAUGUCAAAGCAUUGCAUUUUAAAGCAAAUUGUAUGCAUAUAACAUACUGUGAUUGCAAAAUGAGCUAGUAUUUAUAUAUUCUUGAACUGUCUGUGCUAGUGUAGGUAAUUAUAUAGGUAGUGCCAAUAAUAAUAAAACAAGCUUUCGUUGGUAGGGAUACAACUACCUUAUAUUUUUCAGGUACUUGCAUUCCUAUAUACCAACGAAAGCUUGUUUAUAGUAUUUAAAUAUAUAUGCCAUCCAGGCGAGAUGACUGUACGUCAUUAUUAUAUAGUAGUUUUAAUAAUGAUUUUGGGAUAAAGUCGUAACAGAUUUACCGUAUUGAUCACUAAAACGCUGGGCGAAUAUAAGAUGUUUUGUGUCCCAGUAUGUUUUGUUUUAUAUUUUCCUCCGCCAGGAGGUUAUGUUUUCAUCAUGGACAGAGUAAACUGAACGUAUAAUUAGCCAAUUUUUACAUAAUUAGGGGCCGACCAUUUAACUUUUGAGAGGGGGGGGGGGUGAUUUGCAAUCACCCCAAUUUAGAAUAGCCUGCAAGGCUAUUCUAAACAAAAAGAAAUACCUGCACUAACAAACUGGGGGGGGAAAUAUCCUGCCCCAUUAUUUGGUGGGAAAAAAUGUUACAAAACAGCAUGGUUGCAGGGAUCGGUUUGACCAGUCCCAGAAGAUCAGCUGGCUUGAUUUUCAAGAACUAAUGUAAGGUUAAUUUCUUGUUGGAAAACUCGUCAAAAUACAAGAAAUAGCUUAUCUGACUGCUUCAAAAUUUUCUUUUCCCGUGUUAUACAUAGUAUUUGGCAUGUUGAUGCACCAAUUGCAAAAUACCACAAGCGUUAAUUAAUUAACUUGCUGAGAGUUGAGAACAUUUUACUUCAUAGUUAUCGAAGUUUCAUCCGGGCAAUAUGGUGACGUAGUUCCAAUGUUGGUAAAAGCAUGGAAUGCUUAUGUGGCAGAAAAUAUGUCCCGAGGAAGCUCAACAAGCAGUAGUACAAACUCUAAUUUUAAACAAAUGAUGGUCUCCAUUCUUCCAUGCACCAUGAAAUCUGAAAACAAGAAUAUCUUUGGCGGCGUUAGCCAACUUUCACAGGUAUCUUUUUUUUUUAUAUAAGUGUGUUUUAGUUCACGGAAUGUGGAAGAGUGUUCAAUAUGAUGCUUGUGAUGUUUCUCUGAGUGUAUAUCCACACCGAGCAAGCUUGAAAAUAUAUAUGCCUGUCCACUGUGGGAAUCGAACCUACGACCUUUGGAAUACUAGCCCAAUGCUCUGCCAACUGCGCUACGCGGUCAGGUCGGUUCGAGUAUAUGAUAUUUCGGAACAGAUCCUAGUUCCUUCGAUAUCAAUGUAAUCUAGUAAUCAUGAUUUUUUUCUGUGCUGGUGUAAUGUACUCAGGUGAAUAUGAUGCUUGUUAUGUUACUCUGAGUGUAUAUCCACACCGAGAAAGCUUGAAAAAUAUGCCUGUUCAUGGUAGGAAUCAAACCUACGACCUUUGGAAUACUAGCCCAAUGCUCUGCCAACUGAGCUACGCGGUCAGGUCGGUUCGAGUAUGUGAUAUUUCGGAACAGAUUCUACUUCCUUCGAUAUCAAUGUAAUCGACUAGUAAUCAUGAUUUUUUUCUGUGCUGGUGUAAUGUACUCAGGUGAAUAUGAUGUUUGUUAUGUUACUCUGAGUGUAUAUCCACACCGAGCAAGCUUGAAAAAUAUGCCUGUUCACGGUAGGAAUCAAACCUACGACCUUUGGAAUGCUAGCCCAAUGCUCUGCCAACUGAGCUACGCGGUCAGGUCGGUUCGAGUAUGUGAUAUUUCGGAACAGAUUCUACUUCCUUCGAUCUCAAUGUAAUCGACUAGUAAUCAUGAUUUUUUUCUGUGCUGGUUGAUGUAUCACAUACUCGAACCGACCUGACCGCGUAGCUCAGUUGGCAGAGCAUUGGGCUAGUAUUCCAAAGGUCGUACAGUAGGUUAGAUUCCCACCGUGGACAGGCAUAUUUUUCAAGCUUGCCCAGUGUGGAUAUACACUCAGAGUAACAUCACAAGCAUCAUAUUCACCUGAGUACAUUACUGACCAGCACAUGCAGAUAAAAUAGUGUUCAAUAUAACAUACAAAACAAAUAUAUAGAGACCUUCUCAUGCAAGGGGUUAUCACUGGAAUAAACGAACCAUUUCGAUACUUCGUUUUCUAGAAAAUUUUCACGUUUCGUCGUGAAAAUAUAUCCAUAUUAUAG